AUGCACAUCUCCCCCCUAACCCACCCCCUCGUCCUCCUCCUCCUCUCCCCCCUCCCCCACCUCACCACCGCCCUCCCCUCCUUCAACGCCCCCCGCCAAACCCCCGCCCUCGAAGAAGAGACCGACCGCCUCAUCUUCACCACCAGCAUGUCCGAAUUCCAAUCCGCCCGCUCCGCCCAAUCCCCCCCGGAACUCGACUGGACUUCCAACGGCUGCACCGCCUCGCCCGACAAUCCUCUGGGCUUUGAUUUCCUGGCUUCGUGCCAGCGCCACGACUUCGGCUACCGCAACUACAAGGCCCAGGACCGCUUCACGGAGCCGGCGCGUGAGACCAUCGACGACAAUUUCCGCGACGACAUGUACGCGCAGUGCGCGAGCGAGGGCGGGCUGGAGGGCGUGUGUCGCGGCGUGGCGGACCUGUAUUAUGAGGCGGUCAGGGCGUUUGGGAGUAAGAAGAGGGGGGUGGAGAUAGAGGUGGCGGGGUGGGAGAUUAGGGAGUGA